AAAAAAAAGCAGAGAGUCCAAAAGCAACCAAAUUCGCAGCCCCACUCAAACCAGAAAAAAAAAGAAUUCAAAGCGAGACAAGAAGAUUUAUAUAAAAACAGGACUAUGGAUUGGUCUAGUCCACUCCAAACUCCUUCAACUGCUUUGUGUGUUUGACAAGGUUUUUCAGUUUUUCCUCUGAGAAAACCAAAAAAUAUAAAAGAGGGAACUUUGGCUUGCUUUGCUUCCAAGCCAUCAACUUUGUCAAAUACUGAAGUAUUUUCUUGUCCAAAGGGAAUUGAAGAUGUUUUUCUAGAGAAUUUUGAAUAAUUUUUUUUGUUUGGAGUGAAACUUGUGCUCCAAGUUGAACCAGCAAUGGAAGAAAAACCAUUCCCUGCGUGGUCAUGGCCUGUGAAGCAGUGUUUGAAAGAGUUUAAUGUGAAAAUAGAUAAGGGUUUGAGCAGUUAUGAGGUUGAGAAGCGGCGUGAGAGGUAUGGUUGGAAUGAGCUCAUCAAAGAGAAGGGGAAGCCCUUGUGGCGACUUGUAUUGGAACAAUUUGAUGACAUGCUUGUAAAGAUACUUCUAGUUGCAGCCUGUAUAUCAUUCAUUCUAGCUUACAUGCAUGGAGGCGAAGCAGGAGAGUCUGGAUUUGAAGCCUAUGUGGAACCAUUUGUGAUUGUCUUGAUUCUAGUCCUCAAUGCCAUUGUUGGAGUUUGGCAAGAGACUAAUGCUGAAAAGGCACUUGAGGCCCUUAAGGAGAUGCAAAGUGAAUCUGGAAAGGUUUUAAGGGAUGGGUACUUUGUGCCGAACUUGCCUGCACGAGAGCUGGUCCCAGGGGAUAUUGUGGAAUUACGAGUUGGAGACAAAGUCCCUGCUGAUAUGAGAAUUGCAGCUUUGAAAACUACGACUUUGAGAGCUGAGCAGAGCUCAUUGACUGGAGAGGCAAUGCCGGUGUUGAAAGGCACUGAACCUAUAUUCGUGGAUGACUGUGAAUUGCAAGCUAAAGAAAAUAUGGUUUUUGCAGGCACAACAAUUGUCAAUGGGAGCUGUAUCUGUAUUGUCGUUAGUACGGGGAUGAACACUGAGAUUGGGAAGAUACAAACGCAAAUACAUGAGGCUUCUCUGGAAGAGACUGACACCCCUUUGAAGAAGAAGCUAGAUGAAUUUGGGAGCAGACUUACUACUGCAAUUGGGCUUGUUUGCCUUAUUGUGUGGGUCAUAAACUACAAAAAUUUCCUCUCUUGGGAUGUUGUGGAUGGAUGGCCUGCAAAUAUUCGUUUUUCUUUUGAGAAAUGCACGUACUAUUUUAAGAUUGCUGUUGCCCUUGCAGUAGCUGCCAUCCCAGAAGGCCUUCCUGCUGUUAUAACAACUUGUUUAGCUCUUGGUACUAGGAAAAUGGCACAAAAGAAUGCAAUUGUGCGGAAGCUUCCAAGUGUAGAAACUUUGGGAUGCACAACAGUUAUUUGUUCAGAUAAAACUGGGACUUUGACGACAAAUCAGAUGUCUGUGACAGAAUUCUUCACUUUGGGAGGGAAAAUUACGGCUUCUCGAAUCUUUCGUGUUGAAGGCACUACUUAUGAUCCCAAGGAUGGGGGUAUAGUUGACUGGACUUGCUACAAUAUGGAUGCCAAUUUGCAAGCCAUGGCAGAAAUAUGUGCUGUUUGUAAUGAUGCUGGGAUCUAUUUUGAUGGCCGUCUCUAUAGAGCUACUGGUUUGCCUACUGAGGCAGCUCUUAAGGUUUUGGUUGAAAAGAUGGGGGUUCCAGAUGCCAAGGCAAGGAGCAAAAUUCGUGAUGCUGAACUUGCUGCAAACUAUUUGAUUGACCGCAACUCAGUCAAAUUAGGAUGUUGUGAGUGGUGGACAAAAAGAUCAAAACAGGUUGCCAUGUUGGAGUUUGAUCGCAUUCGGAAGUCAAUGAGUGUUAUUGUCCGGGAGCCAACUGGGCAAAACCGACUUCUUGUCAAGGGUGCGGUUGAGAGUUUACUGGAGCGCACUUCACACGUCCAACUUGCCGAUGGAUCUGUUGUUCCAAUAGAUGAACCUUGUAAGCAACUAUUGCUCUUGAAACUCGCGGAGAUGAGUUCAAAGGGAUUGCGCUGCUUGGGUUUGGCAUAUAAGGAUGAGUUGGGAGAGUUUUCUGACUACUAUUCUGAGAGUCAUCCUGCCCACAAAAAGUUGCUUGAUCCGGCUUCAUACUCCUCAAUUGAAAGUGACUUGAUUUUUGUUGGAGUUGUUGGUCUAAGAGACCCUCCACGUGAGGAAGUUCAUAAAGCAAUUGAGGAUUGUAGAGGAGCUGGGAUUAAAGUUAUGGUGAUAACUGGGGAUAAUAAGUCCACAGCUGAGGCCAUUUGUCGGGAAAUUAAUCUGUUUUCUAAAAGUGAGGAUCUUAGAGGGAGAAGUUUAACAGGUAAAGAGUUUGUGGCUCUCUCGUCUUCACAACAAAUUGAAAUAUUGUCAAAACCUGGAGGGAAGGUGUUCUCACGUGCUGAGCCUAGGCAUAAGCAAGACAUUGUAAGGAUGCUGAAGGAGAUGGGGGAAAUUGUUGCAAUGACUGGGGAUGGGGUAAAUGAUGCACCUGCACUUAAACUUGCUGACAUUGGGAUCGCCAUGGGAAUUACUGGUACUGAGGUAGCAAAAGAAGCUUCAGAUAUGGUAUUGGCAGAUGAUAAUUUUAGUACCAUUGUUUCAGCUGUUGCAGAGGGUCGCUCAAUUUAUAAUAACAUGAAAGCCUUUAUCAGGUACAUGAUAUCAUCAAAUGUUGGAGAGGUAAUAUCCAUAUUUUUGACUGCUGCCCUGGGGAUACCAGAAUGUAUGAUACCUGUACAGCUCCUGUGGGUGAAUUUGGUUACUGAUGGACCUCCUGCAACUGCUCUUGGUUUUAACCCUGCUGAUGUUGAUAUAAUGCGAAAACCACCCCGCAGAAGUGAUGAUGCAUUAAUAAAUUCUUGGAUUCUUCUCCGUUAUUUGGUGGUAGGUACUUAUGUGGGCAUUGCAACUGUUGGCAUCUUCGUCCUGUGGUACACUCAAGCUUCAUUUAUGGGUAUCAAUCUUGUCAGUGAUGGGCAUACACUAGUUGAAUUUUCUCAGCUUCGCAACUGGGGAGAAUGCUCGUCAUGGUCAAAUUUCACCGCUAGUCCAUUCACGGUUGCUGGGGGUCACAUGAUCUCUUUCACAGAUCCUUGUGACUAUUUUACCGUUGGUAAAGUGAAAGCAAUGACUCUAUCCCUCUCUGUCUUGGUGUCAAUUGAGAUGUUCAAUUCCUUGAAUGCCCUUUCCGAACACAACAGCUUGGUCAAAAUGCCACCUUGGAGGAACCCUUGGCUUUUGGUUGCUAUGUCAGUCUCAUUUGGACUUCACUGCCUCAUACUCUAUGUCCCAUUCCUGGCAGAUGUGUUUGGUAUUGUGCCAUUGAGUCUGAGUGAGUGGAUUUUGGUCAUCUUGGUUUCAGCUCCUGUGAUUCUUAUUGAUGAGUUUCUGAAAUUUGUGGGAAGGAGUCAAAGAUGGAUAGAAAAGGAGAAGAUGGCAUGACAAAAUUUCAGGCUCACAGAUUGGGAGGUCCAUUCUGUGUUUUGUUAAAUAACAAUUCUUUCUUAAAUUUAGGCUUUUAUAUUAAAAAGUAUACACUGGUCACAUGUAUUCAUUAACAUCUGGAAAACGUGUUAGUCCAAGUAUUGUUUCGUUGGUAAUCUCCGGCGUCAACUAUGCUAAAUUUUGUUUCAUUCUUACUAUGAGGUUACAAAACAUUGUGUUUACGGCUCUGGUUUGAUAAAUUCUUCUAUGGGCCCAUUUGGGAUUCA